CAGCCGUUGGUCGCAGGGUUACGUGGAAAAAUUCCGUGGGGCCGCCUUAUCGCAAGGCGGUUGGAUGGAAGUGCCUCACUCUCCCUUUACCUAGCGUGACGCGCGCCGCGGCACACGGCCUCCACGACCCGGUGGGCACCUACACGUGACGGGCCUCCACUUCAAAUACCUGUAGGAGAACCACGUAAAACUGCACACGAUGAAGAUCAUCACAUGUCUACCGCGGUCCCUGAAAUGCUUGCAGUCGCAGCUGGCUCCCGUGAGCGCGUGCGCUCGCGCGCUGAGUACGUCGACGACACUCCAUCAACAGCCUCAGCCUGCCACGCUGUCGGCGCUACCAAAUCAUGUUCGCGCCUACGUCGAGGAGAAGCAGCGCCUGUGCCAACCCAGUGCCGUGCACAUCUGCGAUGGCAGCGAGGCCGAGAACAACCACCUGCUCGACCUCAUGCUCAAGGCUGGCAGUAUCGUGCCACUGCCAAAGUACCGGAACUGCUACUUGGCUCGUACAGACCCAGCUGAUGUUGCCCGUGUUGAGAGCAAAACAUUCAUCACUACGGAAAGGCGGGAAGAAACCAUCCCAACACCAAAAGAGGGCGUCAAAGGCACCUUGGGCAACUGGAUGUCUCCAGCAGAUUUGCAAAACGCCCUCGGUGAACGCUUUCCUGGUUGCAUGAAAGGUCGGACCAUGUAUGUGAUCCCAUUCAGCAUGGGUCCUCUUGGCUCUCCAUUGAGCAAGAUUGGAAUUCAGCUCACAGAUUCGCCGUAUGUGGUUGCCAGCAUGCGCAUCAUGACUCGCAUGGGCUCUGAAGUGCUGCGGACUUUAGGAAGUGGCCCGUUCAUCAAGUGCUUGCACUCUGUAGGACAGCCGUUGCCCAUGAAGACACCUCCUGUGAACAACUGGCCUUGCAAUCCUGAAAAAACUAUUAUUACACACAUUCCUGACAACAAUGAGAUCUGUUCAUUUGGUAGUGGCUAUGGUGGCAACUCUCUGCUUGGAAAGAAGUGCUUUGCCCUACGUCUUGGUUCCAUACUGGCGCAGAGGGAAGGCUGGUUGGCUGAGCACAUGCUGAUUUUGGGCAUUACGAAUCCUAAAGGACAAAAAAAGUACAUUGUUGCUGCAUUCCCCAGUGCAUGUGGGAAAACCAACUUGGCUAUGAUGACUCCGACUCUCCCUGGUUACAAAGCGGAAUGUGUUGGGGAUGACAUUGCUUGGAUGAAAUUUGAUGAACAAGGUGUACUCAGAGCCAUCAACCCUGAAUAUGGAUUCUUCGGAGUGGCUCCUGGCACAUCCAUGGCUACUAACCCCAAUGCAAUGAAAACGAUAGAGGAGAACACCAUCUUCACCAAUGUGGCUGAAACCAGUGAUGGUGGCUUUUGGUGGGAAGGAAUGCCUGAGCCGAGCCCCGGCAUUCGCAUCAAGUCAUGGCGAGGUGAAGACAACUGGACCCGGGCUUCUGGAACACCUGCUGCACACCCUAACUCCCGGUUCUGCACUCCUGCUGGCCAGUGCCCGAUCAUUGACCCUGCGUGGGAAGACCCUAAGGGCGUGCCUAUUUCUGCCAUUCUCUUUGGGGGACGCAGGCCUCAGGGUGUUCCAUUGGUCUAUGAAGCUUUCAACUGGCAGCAUGGCGUUUUCAUUGGGUCAGCCAUGAGGUCUGAAGCUACCGCUGCUGCGGAGCACAAGGGCAAGGUGAUUAUGCAUGACCCAUUUGCCAUGCGGCCAUUUUUUGGAUACAACUUCACCAACUACCAAAGGCAUUGGCUGAGUCUUGGUACGAAGGCGGGAAGGAAGCUUCCAAAGAUCUUUCAUGUAAACUGGUUCCGCAAGGGCUCUGACGGAAAGUUUUUGUGGCCUGGAUUUGGUGAAAACAGCCGUGUCAUUGACUGGAUCUGCCGUCGUGUGGAUGGUGAAAAUGGAACUGCUAAGGAAUCUCCUAUUGGUUACCUUCCUUCGGAUGGAGCUUUGAACCUGGAUGGCCUACAAGAUCCAGUGAACAUGAAGGAGCUGUUUGAUGUGAACAAGGACUUCUGGCUUCAGGAGUGCAGCGAAGUUCGCAAGUACUUUGAUGAGCAACUUGGCAAGGAGCUGCCCAACGAAAUUGCCCAGGAGCUUGACCAGCUGGAGCAGCGGGUGAAGGCCAUGUAGGCUGCGUGUGAUGCAGUCCUCUCUGUUGUCUCUCCCAUAGCCAAUUUAGCCUUUGUGCCAUGACAAAUCAGCUCAAGCUGCCUCAUGACUGUAGUUGCCAAUUGCCGGUGCCAGAUACGUGAUUUUCGGCACAUUACCACUCUGUACGAUAUACUGUUGAUGAGCAACAUUCAAGUGCCUUUUGGGACCACACCUUAUAUAAUGCGAAGAGAAUUCUGACAUGUUGCCCUGGCAGUUUCACAUGCCAAUGUUUUAAACAGACUAUGUGGUCUAGUCUAUUCCAGAAACUUGUAAAUAAUGUGAAAAUGGUUUUUAUUUAUGAACAUUUUAGCUUUUGGAGCAGGUUCAAGUGCCUCUUCGGGCAUUUUCUGGAGAAUAAAGUAUUUUUUUAUGCA